AUGCACCCCGCCGCCGUCCCCCCGACGUCCCCCGCCGAGACCCUGGCCGAGAUCACCUAUCUCCUCGGGGACCUCCUCCCCUCCACCAUCCCCAUCACCUGCUUCGCCUCCAGAUGGCAGGCCAUCCGGUCGCGCCUAGCCGCGCUCAAAUCCCUCAUCUCCGAAAUCUCCGACUCCCCCCACUGGUCGGAUAAUCCCCUCCUCCCGCCGAUCCUCCCCUCACUUCUAUCCACUCUCCGCCGCACCGAAACCCUCUGCCGCCUCUGCCGUGACGCCUCCUCCGCCAGCCGCGGCAAGCUGCUGAUGCAGUCCGACCUCGACAUGGCCGCCGGAUGGCUCUCGAAGCAGGCCAACGACCUGGAGCUCCUCCUCCGCUCCGGCGUCCUCCAACACUCCACCGCCAUUGUCCUGUCACGUCCGAAUCCGAGCUCCUCGAGAGACGAGCUCGCGUUUUUUGUCAAGGACCUCUUCACCAGACUCCAGAUCGGAGGGCUAGAGUUCAAGCGGAAGGCCCUGGACUCGCUGAUUCAGCUCCUGUCGGAGGACGACAAGUCCGCCGCCGUCGUCGCCAGGGAAGGGGACGUAGGCUGCCUGAUUUCGCUUCUCGAUCUGAAUUCUCACGAUUCUGUCCGGGAAUUGGCGGUUCACGCGGUUUCUCUGCUGGCCGCUUCCGGCGAUUUGCCUCGUAAGUGUUUGUUCGAGGAGGGGGCUUUGGGCCCUCUGUUGAGAACGAUCGAGUGCAGCUCGGCCACGACGAAGGAAAAGGCGGCCAUGGCCGUGGAAGCCAUUACAGAUGACACUGAUAACGCGUGGGCGAUUUCUGCAUAUGGCGGCGUCCCAAUUUUAAUCGAAUUGUGUAAAUCCAGUUCUCUCACAGCUCAAUCGCACGCAAUUGGGGCAAUUAGCAAUGUUUCAGUUGUAGAGGAUAUUCGGGUUGCAUUGGUAGAAGAAGGUGUUGUCCCUGUCUUGAUGCAGCUGCUCGUCUCCGGGAGCCCAUCCGCUCGGGGGAAAGCAGCCAAUUGCAUAUCCAUUCUUGCCUCGACUGGCGAUCAUUUUCGCAAAUUGUUGCUCGAGGAAAAUUGCUUGCACAGGUUACUAAAUUUGUUUCAUGAAUGCCCAACUGCGGAUUACUCCGAACGUGUACUGCGUGCGAUUUAUGCAUUAUCUGCCUCGGAUAGCAGUCGUAGAAUCCUAUCCGGAUCGACCCAAUUUAUAGUGCAAAUCAGCGAAAUUGUAAAGUACGGUAAUACAAAAUUGCAGCACAUCUCUGCUUCUUUGCUCACUAAAUUAUCAAUUAGUGAUGGAAAUAAGACCUUAAUUGCUGGUUGUAUGGGUUCUCUGGUGAGGCUAAUGGAGUCGGUAAAGCCUGAGGGCAUACAAGAGAUUGGGGCUAAAGCAUUGAUAUCAUUGUUAUCGGUAAAGUCGAAUAGAAAAGAGCUGGUUAAGGAUGAGAAGAGCUUGACGAGGCUGGUGCAAAUGUUGGACCCCAAGAAUGAUGUGGUUUCGAAGAAGUGUCCAGUGGCUGUGGUGGCGGCAAUCAUGGCUGGAGGUAGCAAGGGUUGUCGGAAAAUGCUUUUGGCGAGGGGCGUUUAUGGGCAUUUGCAGAGAUUGGCGGAGAUGGAUGUUGCUGGAGCCAAGAUGGCUUUGCAUAGGCUCUCGGGAAGUAGGCUAAUGAGUGUAUUCUCGAGGUCAUGGAAGCAAUAA